AACGCUGCACGUUGCGCAACGAUGAGCAGAGAUACAGUCUUGCGGCUAGCUAUUGCCGCACCCUCAGCGUGCCAAAGUCAAGCCAUCACAUGGGAAGAAGUAGCAAAGCAGGCAGAACGCGCCGAAGUUCAGAUCCUGUGUGUAUCGGUAGUAACUGUAACCUCUAUCGUGGACUAAGACGGUACAGUUUUGCAUCUACCACAUCCUUUACUGACACUGCACCGCAACUUCGAAAGAGCCUCGAGAAAGAGCUGAGUAUUCCGCCCUUUCUCUUCGAAAGACUGUACCAGCAUUCGAACGGCUUCGCGGGACACAAUGUUCAACUCGAUCGAGCGCAGAAAGUAGAGACGUACACUCACUGGUCACGCUUCACAAUUAAACAGGCGUACGAGAAUCUCAUGCCAAAGAGGACAUUCACACCGCAUAUACCACAUCAUCAGCCAGGACUUAACAAUCGUAGCGACAAUCAGGCAGUCCAUGGACCACAGAGCGUGCAGCAUGGAUGGGAGUGGUACGAGAUGGGGUUCUUCGCCUCCUGGAAGCCAUCGGGAUUGCUGACGUUGAUCUGCUUCGACCUGCCCACGAAGUCGCAGUCUAAGAUUCAGUCAACGAUGGACUCGCAUACUGUUGACAUCUCCAAUCCAUAUUCUACGUUCUUACUCGUCUUAGAGGAGCUGCUGCGGCUGUACGAUGAUUCGGUAUGGUCAAUCAGAAACCACAUCAGCCAGUGGGAAGCGACUGAACGGCGGAAGGAAAAACCCAUCGAGACCGAUUACUCUCGUUUGCACGAGAUUGCGAGACAUGGCGUGCACGUCAACGAGACUUUAAGCGUAGCCAUACGCUCUCUCAAGAAUAUGGGUCAGCACUAUUGAGAGUUCCGCGUAAACGCUGAUCUUGCUCUCAGCCAGGGAAAGCACAAUCGAUGGGACGGAGUUAGCAGCCGUAUGACCUUUCAGCUUCAGAUCCUUGAAAAUUUGUUGCAGCGAUCAACCUCAAACAACGCUCGAAUAUAGA